UGGCCUGGAAACGCUAGACCUGUGAGGUGUGCGGGUGGCUGGUGGAGUGAAGCUUUGGUAGACAUGGCUCCCAACGCGUUGGCUCCUGAACCGGAGCAUCCGAAGGGCAUCCGGGCCGUGUUGCUGGGGCCUCCCGGGGCUGGCAAGGGGACCCAGGCACCCAAAUUGGCUGAGAAUUUCUGUGUCUGUCACUUGGCCACUGGGGACAUGCUGAGAGCGAUGGUAGCUUCAGGCUCGGAGCUGGGGAAAAAGCUGAAGGCGACAAUGGAUGCCGGAAAACUGGUGAGUGAUGAAAUGGUCGUGGAGCUCAUUGAGAAGAAUUUGGAGACUCCUUCCUGCAAAAAUGGCUUUCUUCUAGAUGGCUUCCCUCGGACUGUGAAGCAGGCUGAAAUGCUUGAUGACCUCAUGGAUAAGAGGAAAGAGAAGCUCGAUUCAGUCAUCGAGUUCAGCAUCCAGGACUCCCUGCUGAUCCGGAGAAUCACGGGAAGGCUGAUUCACCCCAAGAGUGGCCGGUCCUACCAUGAGGAGUUCAACCCUCCAAAGGAGGCCAUGAAAGAUGAUAUCACUGGGGAGCCCCUGAUCCGCAGGUCAGAUGACAACGAGAAAGCCUUGAAGACCCGCCUGGAGGCCUACCACACUCAGACCACUCCGCUUGUGGAAUACUACAGGAAACGGGGCAUUCACUGCGCCAUUGAUGCGUCCCAGACCCCUGACGUGGUGUUUGCAAGCAUCCUGGCAGCCUUCUCCAAAGCCACAUCCUAGUAGCAGAAGGCCAGGCGCGACCGCACCACUGCUCAUCUCCCCGCCGUGUGAUCCCCGCUCUUAGGUGCUGGGCAGAAGAGAAAAGGGUGGACAUGGGAAGGAAGGAUGAUGGAUGGUGAGGGAGGUGGGGAGGGGCUCAAAAGGAACAUUUGGAACAGUGGCAGUGUUAUAAUUAGUAAGUUUGUUUUUUUUUUUUACACAUAGGUGAGAAUUUUUCAAGUAUAAGCAAGGGAAAAGAUUAAUUUUUUUAAAAAACUGUGAUUGGGGGGCAUUGGUGCAAAUAAGGAGACAUGGUGUUCUUUUUAAGCAAUCAGCCUCUCGUUUCCUCUGGACCAUAAAGCUAAUGCUCUCUAAGAGACCUCAGCAUCUACAUAAGAACUUCAUGGAUCUCCAGGCCAAGGACACAGCAGUCAGACUGGGCCUGUGUCCUGUGCAGAGGAGGGACUGUUGACCAGCGGUGGCCCCCAUUCCAUAAGGACUCCCCUGCGUAUAUGGAAGAGAUGGGGGGUGAGCCAAUGGGUGCUGGUCGUGGGGCGCAGGGGGAGACGGAUCCCACACUUGUGACUUAAGAGUUGCCUGCUCUGGUGACAGAGCUGUCAGCCACCCAGCUCACGAGAGUCUUACAGCCUUGCCUUCAUCAUCCAUGGGACCCUUUAAAUAACUGAACGAGGCCUAGGAAUGUAGCUCAGCGUGUGUGCCUGGCACUGGAAAGCCCUGGGUUCGGUCCUCUACAGUGAAGGGGUUAGGGAACAAGCUAACAUGUCUUAAGCUAAGUCAUCCAAAGAUUGUCCUUCUCACCCUCAAAUCCUGGGACUGGGAUUGCCCGACAACACUGUGAUAUAUUUUUCAAUGAGGUGCCUUUCAUAACUGACCAAAUGCUGCCAUUUUUGACCCCUGAGUCAAUAAAAUAUGUUGAAAAUUUG